AUGCCGGACUAUCUGGGAGCUGACCAGCGCAAGACCAAGGAGGAGGAGGAGAAGGAAGACAAACCCAUCCGGUGUAAGUGGGACCGAAAAGUGUUUUCCAUUGGGGCCUACAGCUGUCUCUAAUGGACGGGUUUAGAACUCGGCCCAGAAUGUCCAGCCUGGCACCCCCCCCAUUGAGCAGAGACAGGGGGGGCAUGCACAAUUAGUUAUUAAACAAUACAUCUUCCAUUGGUGUGGUGAUGUCUGUUUAUAAAGACUAAUAAGUAUUUUGCUUUUUGUUUUGUUUUUUUGUAGUUUUUUUUUUUUUUUUAUAAACCUAUUUUGCUUUUUAUUUAGAAGCCUGAUAAAUAAUGCAGAUGCAUACCAUGUUAUCAUAUGCACAUAGAGCCUAAUGCUGAAGUAAGCAGGGGACCCUGAUGAAGACCCCCCUCCCAGCAGCUUUGAUGUAAACAAUAAGAUAGAGCAGGGAAGGAUGCUCAGUAGGUGCCUUGUCAACUGCUAAGGCUGUUUAUGGGCUGCUGUUAGCACUAAUGUGGGUAAUGUACACCUUCAACAUCAGCUGUCAGGUUACACAGUAUAUGUAGACAUAAAAUCCUGAACACGAAUUAGAAAAACAGGGCGCCACAAUCACCAAGUAAAUUUUCUGAUUCGUGUUCAGGAUUUUGUGUCUUUUUUGUAUGGAGGUUUUGGAGUGACCUCAUGACAGUGGCUUGCCUGCACUAGUUUAUUUCACCACCUUUACUUUUUACGUUUUGGUGUAUAUGUAGACAUAAAAGAGACUCAAAUCAACCCACUUCUUGCUGUUGAUCCGAAAUAAUCUGAAAACCCCAAUUUAAAUAAUUUUAGAAUGUUGCCAUGCAAUGGGAGAAAAUUCCUUCCUGGUGUUAAAAUGGAAAAUAAAAUAAUAUUCUAUUUGCAUAAAACGCCAUGUAUCUGCAAAGCCAAAUGUUCUUUUUGCAAUGCUCAGGUGGCAUUUAAAAAAACAAACAAAAAAAAAACACCAUAACAAUUGCUCCCAAACCUGUGUUGGUGAUAUUUUGUUAAAUUAUUUUUUUCCUUUUUUUUACAGCACUCGAUGAAGGAGACAUAGCAUUGUUAAAAACCUAUGUAAGUCAAAGUGUUUUAUCCUGUAAAAUAAUUGAUUUCAUAUUUGUUGAAUUUGAAUAGAUAGCGGUAUUCUUAAGCCAUAUUGGCCUUUACUGAUUGUGUAUAAAUAGUGUUUUCUAUUUCCCCCAUUUAUUAUAGUGGCUAGCAAAGUACACUGACUGAUCUAUUUUCCAUUUUAUCAUAUCAUUGAAUAAUUCUUACUCUUCAGAGAUUUGUCCAAAUCCCAAGCUAAUAUCCCCUAUAACAUAAUUGGUUUCAUGGUCUGAGUUCUGUUUCUUCUUUAUCAUAUAUAGUACAUUUGUUCAAAAGUUAUAUAAUUGUUCCACUUUGCAGAUAAAAAAAACAAUUUGCAUUUAGAAUUCAAUAAAACAAUUGCUUGUUGCCUUUUACAGGGACAGAGUACAUAUUCUCGUCAGAUUAAGCAGGUAGAAGAUGAUAUCCAGCAGCUUCUUAAAAAAAUCAAUGAGCUUACAGGUAUGUCUUCUUUGUUUUAUUUAGUUUAAAACUUCGAUUCUAAGAAGUGUCUAUUCCGUGUUUCCCCUACCUAAAUUGUACUAUUAUAUUUAAAUAAUUUAUUUCCCAUCAGCAUAUUUUGGUUUUCUAUUGCCGUAAUAUUUGUUUCUGUUUUUACUUGGUUAGCCCAAAACCAAUUUAAGUUUAAAAAAAAAAAAAAAAAAAGGUUAUUUAAUGUGGGAGAGGCUGCUUUCAUGCCAUCAAAAAUAUGUGCAAUGUGUCUGUAAAAGCUGUUACUUUUACAUAGUAUAUACUGAACCAAUCAAGAAGCCUGUUGGAGUAGUGUACUAUUUACACAUAUAUAUGUACAAUUCUCAUUUUCAGGGAUUAAAGAAUCUGAUACAGGGCUUGCUCCUCCAGCCCUGUGGGAUUUGGCUGCUGACAAACAGACUCUCCAGAGUGAACAACCACUUCAAGUGGCCAGGUAAAAUCUUCAUAAAAUGGGUGUUUUGGAGAAUUCUUGCAUAAUAAUCAGCUCCAGUGUCUCACACAUUUUUAUGAUGUAGAAUUAUAAAGCAGUCUGCAGUUAAUAUCUUCAGAUCUGAAUGCCUUGCAUAGUUUGCAGGAGUGUGUGUAGACGUUGGUUCGGUUAGGUGGCCUUUGAAUGUAUAACAAUAGAUAAAGAUGUUAUUAAUUAAAAAAAAAAUGUUUAAAGCACUAUAAUUGCACAGCAAAUACAAAGCCUACUCUAUAAUUAUUCAUAGGAGAUAACAAGCAAUUUAAAUCUUUUUUGAGUAGAUUGUGUUAGCUGUUUCUUAUGUGUAUGUUUAUUAUUUAUUUGUUUUGUUUAGAUGUACAAAAAUAAUCAAUGCUGACUCAGAGGAUCCAAAAUACAUUAUCAAUGUCAAACAGUUUGCCAAAUUUGUGGUUGACCUCAGUGAUCAAGUUGCUCCUACUGACAUAGAAGAAGGCAUGAGAGUUGGGUAAUUAUUACAUCACAUUUUUAUGUUAAACCAGCCUCUUUACUUAUGUGUCAGUCUGUUUGCAGAAAUUUCACUUGCCCAAUUAUGUGACAUGAAAUAUUACUUGUUUAAAUGAUACAGGAUUGAAAAUUAUUGAGCUGUUCUUUAUCAAUUAAAGGGUAAACAAUCUGUCUCUGAACACUGAUAAAUAUAUAUAUUCCUUUUUCCUGCAGUGUGGACAGAAACAAGUACCAGAUCCAUAUACCUUUGCCUCCCAAAAUUGAUCCAACUGUAACUAUGAUGCAGGUAACUGAAAUCUUAAAGUUAUUGUUUAUUUAUUGAAAUUACGUGUGUAGCAUUUUUCCCUUGGUCCAAAACAAGUCUUAUUUUUUUUCAUUUUUGAUUCACCUUGGGACAAUCGCAUUUGGUUCCAUAAGAUUGGGUGGUGAUUUUAACCUAUUUGUACUGUUUUGCAUUGGCUUGGUGUUUUAAUUUAUGGUGGGAGCGAGGGUUGAGACAUUUUACAGCCAUAAUAAAAAGGGUAUAUUUAUUUACGAGAGAUGGACAGACCUUACAUUCUAAUAAACAGUGUCUGCAUUCGUGUACAGGUAGAAGAGAAACCUGAUGUGACUUACAGUGAUGUCGGAGGUUGUAAGGAGCAAAUUGAAAAGCUAAGGGAAGUGGUUGAAACACCCCUUCUUCAUGUAAGUAAAUGCAUGUAUAUCCUGCACUUGAUUUUGUCUGAGAUGUGAACAAGCAGAGUGCUAUUUUGAACUCUUCUAUUACUAAGUAGUCACCACAGAAUUUAGAAGGCAGCGUGUUAUAAUAUCAUAUAGAUGUUUCAAUUCUUUAAAGAUGCAUACUAUAUAGAACUGUGUAUAAUCUGUUCACUGUCAUAAAUGUAGCAACUUGUGAACUAAGAUCACAUCUAAAACAAUUCCUAACUUGGCUUGGGAAAGAAACAGCAGAGGUAAAUUACUAACUAAUGUAUUUCCUAAGAAAAACAUAAUUGAUAACACACUCUGUUAUUUUUAUUGAGUUGUGGACAUUGCAAUAGAAACAAGUACCAUUGCAUACACAUUACACAUCUGUUUUUGCUUCCUGUAGUGUAUAGACAAACAUGUGUUAUUUGAUAAAGAUAUAUCUUAAAAUGUCUAUUGGACACAUGCCAUGUAUGAAUGGAUUUCCUGUUUGUUUUGUAACCAUGUGGCCUCCUUUUCAUUUGUAGCCAGAGCGAUUUGUCAAUCUUGGUAUUGAGCCUCCAAAAGGAGUUUUGUUAUUUGGUCCCCCAGGAACAGGCAAAACUCUGUGUGCACGUGCAGUAGCUAACAGGACUGAUGCCUGCUUCAUCAGAGUCAUUGGGUCAGAACUGGUCCAGAAAUAUGUUGGAGAGGUAAGAACUUUUUAUUUAUAUUGUCAUCACACAAUACAAAACACUUCCCUGUUCAGUGGAUAUAGCCAGGAGGUACUUAUUUUUAUUUAGAACUAGUAAAAGUAAGUUUUGUUUUUUGCUUCUAGUUACAUUAAAAAUAUCCACCCACUUCAGCAUGAGAGCAGGGAAGUUAUAUAAUUUUCUAAUAACACACAGAGCAUGUCUCUAUUAGGGUUGUGCAUGGGUAAAAAAUUAGUUUUGUUAAUUUUCAAAUUUUGGUUUAUCUAAAAAUAUUGAUUCAAGCAAAUGUUAAUUUCCAGAAUUCAGAGAAUGGCUUUUCUUAAUUUUUCUCUCUGAGCUGUUUUAAUAGAUGACUCCACAAUUUGGUAUCCAUACAUGGAAUUGCCAUAAUUAAAGGAUAUCAACUUAAGGACAUGUCUACUAAACAACUGGGAGAGCAGUUAAGGGUAUUUUUUUUUUUUUUUGCAUUUUCAUUUGUUAGGUAGAUAACUCCCUAAUACGCUGUUAUUAAAACUAAUUGGAAAUAAUUUGUUUUCGACUUUAGUUCCGAAUUAUCUAGUUUUGUUUUCCUUUGAUUGGAAGUUUCAGAAUUACCGUGUUUGGCCAACAUUCAAUUCGAAACGUAACAAAUUGCACGUUCUAGUCUCUAUAUAUCUGUGGUAGAUUAUGUUUUCAUUUUGCAUUUUUCCCGGAAGCAGUGUUAAACCUCAUGCAUGUCCUUUGUAGAACUGCAAACUUCAUUAGGAUCUUUAUUUACACGAAGCGCAGCACACUAUGGAGCAUAUUCUUUAGAAUAUAUGUAUUAUAAUUUGUUUUCCCUGUAGCAGUCAAGGAGGAAUAUUAAAACUAGUUCAUGUCAAUUGUAGAAUUGCAUGCUUUACCAUUCUUUUAACUUAAUUCCUGCAAACAUGUUUUAAGUCAUUCCAGUGUUAACCUGAAUACUACACAAAAGUGUAAAUCACUUUCUGUCUGCUGGUAUCUAACACCGUGUGGUUAUCCUUUCAGGGAGCACGCAUGGUGCGUGAGCUGUUUGAGAUGGCUAGGACAAAGAAAGCAUGUCUUAUUUUCUUUGAUGAAAUUGAUGCAAUUGGAGGUAUGUGAUAUCUAGUUGAUUCUAUUUUACAUAUAAUAAUAUAAAUGUUCUGAAUCCUCUCUCCAAUUUUUGCACAAACAUAGAUUUAUACCUAAGCCUGCUUUGAUCUGGAAUUUCCUUGUAUAGCUUCACCUUUUGAACAUCAUAAAAAUAAGUAUCUUGAUUGUUUCCUGUCAAGGGAAACCUUACAUCAUUGCAUGUGUAGGUAGCUCACACUUGCAUGCCACUUCUCUCUUGUGGGUUUACCAGGGUCAGUUUGCAUCAGAUGAUGAUGUGGGUUCUGUCAACAAUAGGUUUAAACUGGAAAGUCCUCUGGCAGUUUUCCAGACUGUUUUCUAGACUGAUUUAUAAAGGGUUAUUGUAAACUUCUGGGAUAUUGCGCUUGCAAUGCAGUGCACUGGGUGCAAGGGAAGUUGUUUUUGUGGCUACCACCAAAACCAUUUGCUGGAUCCUGUUCUGGUACUUUUAUCUGGCAUGAGCCCAUGUGUGUGCUGUACUCUCAAGCACUUGCAAGAGUAGCACACUGUUUAAGGAGAAUCCCACAAGAUCGAGAGUCGCCAUAGACCAUGCCUUUUUUUUUUUUUUCUGGGGGAUAUGACAAAACUUAAAAGGGAUAGCUCUGCCUUUUCUAUUAUCAUGUUCGGGGGGAAAAAUGUAUGAAAAAAUGACUAUAUUUUGACUGAACUGGAAUUUCAGUGAAAUUCCAACACAGUCAAUGUGCGUAUUUCAUAAAGAUCUUAUCUUUCGGAAAUACUCAUUUGUUGGGGGAUGAAGGAGUUACAGAGCCGCUUUAAUUUAAAUCUCUUUUUUUGUAUUGGUACUGUCUGUUUGCCCCAAAUGCAAGUACUGCUCUUUAUUUAAGUGAAGUGAAAAAACACAAAUUAUCUAUUUAAUUAAUUGUAAAAUCUGUCCUGAGUUUGAUAGAAUAUAUUGCUCAAGUUUAUAUUUGUCCUCCUGGAAACAUGGCUUGUUGGUAUUCAUAUAGAACUAGAGUUCACCAGUGUUGAACAUUUUGCUUUUUUAUCCAAAUAAUACUGCUUUUUACCAUCUCUGCAUGUGCUUACAAGUCCUGUUAAUUUGUCAAAAUUACUAUCAGAUGGAUCACAUUGAACAUUUAGAUGAGCCUUAAAACUUGCACUAUUUGUGUGCAAACUGGUGGCUGACUUAAAGAAAAAAAAAAGUUUUAUAGUUUGCAUUUAAAAAAAAAAAUACAUUUUGUGUUGUGUUUGUAUUAAAUAUAAAGAAAAUAUUAAUUAAAAAAGCAUGUGACUUUUUUCUUUGCCUAGCUUAAGUAGAAAAAUAAUCUCAACUCUUUUAAUAGGAGCUCGUUUUGAUGAUGGAGCUGGCGGUGAUAAUGAAGUCCAGCGUACAAUGUUGGAAUUGAUCAAUCAGUUGGAUGGCUUUGAUCCCAGAGGAAAUAUCAAAGUACUAAUGGCUACCAACAGACCAGACACUUUAGAUCCUGCACUGAUGAGGCCUGGGAGACUGGACAGAAAAAUUGAGUUCAGUUUACCCGAUCUUGAGGUAAAAUUACUUUUAAAUAUGUCACAAUUAUAGCUCUCUCUAUGUAAAACAUAUUUUUAGGUGUCAUAAGAUAUUCUGAUUAUUAUUAAUGAAAUGGUAUUGCUUCCUACUGUUUUUGUUUUGCAGGGACGUACACAUAUAUUCAAAAUUCAUGCUCGUUCUAUGAGCGUUGAAAGAGAUAUAAGAUUUGAACUACUGGCCCGACUGUGUCCAAAUAGCACAGGUAUGGUAUUCAAAUUUGUUUAUAAAAGUGUUUUGCUAACUGAUUUAAUGUUCAUGAAUAAGAAGCAUAUAUAUUUAAUGUACUUUAUUUGAAAGAAGAAUGUCAUUCACGUUUAGUUUUAUGAAUUACUUGAGUGUUCAGUGCUUUUGGAUAUCAGAAUUGAACACUCCAAGCACCAUAACCGCUUUAGCCCACUGUAGUGGUUAUGGUGCUAGCAUGGUGUAGAGCUGCACUACAGUAAGUCAAUGUUUUAGUACGGUUUGGAAAUUUAUCUGUCACCUGGGUGUCCAUUUCACAAACCUUCUUCUGCAGGAGCAAAAUAAUCUCUGUAGAAUAAAGCUCAACUGUUUCAGGGCUCUUCUCAGCCAAUGUAGCAUUCUGUUAUUCUCCAUAUCAAUUGUUUUAUUGUGGCAAACUAACUUUCUCUCUCUUCCUGUGUAGGUGCUGAAAUUCGCAGUGUGUGCACAGAGGCAGGGAUGUUUGCUAUCCGAGCCCGUCGCAAAGUUGCAACAGAGAAAGAUUUCUUAGAAGCUGUUAAUAAAGUCAUCAAGUCAUAUGCAAAAUUCAGUGCUACUCCAAGAUAUAUGACCUACAAUUAA